GUAGUUUUCCAGGUAAUAAUGUGAAAAUUCUUGGAGUCAAUCGGCUACAAUCUUCUUCUUCUUCUUCUUCUUCUUCUUCUUCUUCUGGCUUAAUUUUCCCCUUGUUUUCUACCCGCAACGGUGGUUCUAUACGCGGCGGAGGAUAGCAAGCUCUAAUACCCGUGGACACUACCUAAGCUUUCCUGAGAAAUCAAACACUCUAACCCCCAAUAACAAAAAGCUUAGCUCCCACAGUGUUUAUACUAGUAUUGAUUGAGCUUCGCGAUGGGUGUGAGAUUUUGGACCGUGAACAGACAAGCAACCUCAAAAAACACAUCACCGACAUCCUGUGGCUGGUCACACGAAGCACGGGGGGGGGGGGCUCGGCAUAUCCAACAGCGAGCAAGGCCAACAACUCCUUUAGCGCCGACAGCUUUAACCAUCAUGAACACAUGAAAAGACCUGGCUGUGAUUACAUACCAAAGGGCCAAAGGCACACGCCAUACAUACAUACAUACCCCCCACGUCCUUUUGUCGGUGGGAUGCCAUGGGAUUUGAUCCAGUGCGUGCGCCGAUAUUUUUGGAAACCGUGUUUGUUGCGAAUGAACUUUUCGACAUCUUUCCCCCAGAAAUGUUUCCCCCACACUAGAGAAGGCGUGAACGCUGAAUUUCAGCGUGGGGGGAGGAGGAGGAGGGGGGGAGGGGAACGGGAGGGGGAACCUCUGUCGCAGGGGCAUAUGUGAAUCUGCAAAGUAUGAAAGUUUUGGCUAGCUUCGCCGGGUAAGAGAUGGAUGCCCAACACUUGUUGUUGGUAAUUGUCAGAUCAAGCUGGGGGCCGAGCAUCAGGGUGCGCGAAGGUUCACGAGCACAACAUAUGGAUACAUGAUUAUUUGGGGGUCGAGUGGGUUGCCAACUUGCCAGCAGCAGCGGUUCCACUACAUACAGUAUAUGCUUUUGCAUCAGCCAGCGAGCGGUCGGCCCGAGGCUGGAGAAUCUUUUGGCUUUAAUAACGUAGAGACUAUCACGUCGUUUCAUUGCCCUACCCUACCAUCGACGCUGGGAAAAUAUCAUUCUACUGUUCUAGGAAUAAAAAGGAAAGAAAAAAAGGGAGAUAGAAAGAAAAGAAACCGAAUAGUGUGAACAAACAGAGCAAAAAGCAAAAAAACCAGGGAGAAAGAAAAAAAGAAACAACCCACUUCCAUCUCUGUCACAAUGCCACCUCCAUACCCGCUGCACGAAUCCGUGGCCUCAAAAAUCCACCCGGAAUACGUCGCUUUCUAUAACAAACACAUCAUCAACCAGGAACAGGUACAUCUCCGGUCCGUUGCUGCCUCGCGCACUUCCGGCGUCCUAAUACCAGGCGCUGGCCCAUUGAUACCAGUGGGAAAGCAAGAAGACAUCGCCAUUAAACGCAAGGAGAGCGAAGGCCCAGACGUGAACGUGCGAUGCUUUACGCCGAUCGCGGACAAGCCGCCGGAGGGCGGGUGGCCAGCGCUUGUUUACUUCCACGGCGGCGGAUGGGUGCUUGGGAAUAUUGAGACGGAGAAUGUUGUCUGUACGAACAUUUGCGCCAGGGCGCAGUGUGUGGUUAUUACUGUUGAUUAUAGACUCGCUCCUGAAAACCCAUUCCCCGCCGCCGUGCACGACUGCUGGGAAGCCCUCCUCUGGGCCUUGGCAGAGGGAGGCAAGCAUCUUAACCUGAACACCUCGCGCAUCGGCGUGGGAGGCUCCAGUGCAGGCGGCAACCUCGCCGCCGUUAUGACGCAUCGGGCCGUUGCACGCAACUUCUCCCCAUUGAAAGUGCAGCUACUCAGCGUGCCCGUCAUGGACAACACAGCCGACGUCAGCAACACCCCCUCCUACCGCGACUACGAGCACAUCCCCGCACUCCCCGCCGCCAAGAUGCUGUGGUAUAGACACCACUAUCUGCCCCAGAAAUCAGAGUGGGCGAACCCGGAAGCCAGCCCGCUGUUUUAUCCCGAUGACUCGCCCACUUGGGCUAGCGUGGCGCCUGCAAUCAUCAUGGUUGGGGAGCUUGAUGUGCUGAGGAGCGAGGGAGAGAAGUAUGCUGAGAAGUUGAAGAAGGCCGGCGUGCACUAUGACCUGCAUGUUAUGGAGGGAAUGCCUCAUCCGUUCCUGGCGAUGGAUGGAGUGCUGCAGGCGGGCAAGGACUCGAUUACAUAUAUGGUGGAGGGUUGUAAGAAAUUCCUAUAAAUUGGUCUUCUGCAGUUGGUUCCUCUAUUGUUUUUGUUCAACUAGUUUCUAAAAAUGCAUUUUGCUGUCCCUUUCGCUUCUCCUGGGCCCCAAAGUGAUGUGAUUUGAUGUCCCCAACCAGACCAAUUGUUCUGUUAAGCUUUGGGGGGGCACAUUUUUGGGCCGAUGAGGCUGGCGAACUAAACGCAUUGGCGUGAUUAUUGCUUUUUUUCCAGCCAGUUCAGUUGCUAUCUUCAAUGGUAACUACGCUGCGUACAAGGACGCGGCAGCAUUUUAUAUCCCCAGAAUUAGCUCGCAAAACGAAACAGCAAUAUCAAAAAAUAAUCAAAAAAUCUCCCUUGCUGAAAAUUGCCUCGCUGGCACUUUUUCUUGUUCAUGUCUAGAGAAUAAUGGGCUGCUCACAACCACAUCCUUGAAUUAAAU